AAAUCCCCCAACCGUUCUUCCCCCGGUUCCACCAACCGAUGCUGCAAACCCUAAUUCUGCAGAGAACAUCAAUGGCGUCUCUCGCUCCUCACCAUUUCCUCUCCCCAUCUUCGUCUGCGCAUUCUUCUCCGUUUGCCUCCGCCUCUCGCUCCCAGUCUGCAGCCGAUGGCGGACCCGUCGUCGUCGCGAUGGCGAAGCGUGAUGUCGGGGAGGGCGCUCCCACGCCGGACAUAAUGCGUGGGGCGAUGAUGGAUUCCGACUCGAAGCGGCCCUGGUGGGCUCCGAUCUUCGGAAUCGGCCGAGAAACGACCGAUCCCGCGCCGGAAUCGUCCUCCAAGGCCGGGGAAAAGCCGGACGAAGCGGAGAAAGAGGAGAGGAAACCGCCGGGGGCGAACAGAGCGGGGCUGACGGCGGAGAAGGCCAGGCUACUGAGGAAGGAGCUCCGUUCGACGGAGAACUGGCACGACGCAAUGUAUCACUCCGCCAUAGCUUCCAGGUUGGCCUGCCCCGAUCAUCCAUGAACGGUAGCCGCUUUCCGCGGCAUAAACUAGGUCUAUAGCUAUCGAUUUCCAUAUAAUAUGCUUUUCUUCCUCCGUUGUUGUAAAUAUGGCUCGAUGGAUCAAUAUGCGUGUGAUCUGAUGGAGCAGAAACAUAUUUUCCUCUUCUCGUUCUCCUUUUUUAUUUAAGAACCAAGAAGGAUUUGUUGUCAUUUGAAGCAGUGAGAAGGCUCGCUUGGAUGUAGCCAUCGUUGUAAUGAAAAGCCUGGAUGGAGCAGGAACAUAUUUUCCUCUUCUCGUUCUCCUUUUUUAUGUAAGAACCAAGAAGGAUUUGUUGUCAUUUGAAGCGGUGAAAAGGCUCGCUUGGAUGUAGCCAUUGUUGUAAUGAAAAAAGCUUUGGUCCUGAUUUCUGCGGGAAAUUUCUGGCAAUUCUUUUA